CUGUUUCUUCUUCGCAACUCCAGUUGACUCGGUUCUGCGGCCCAAAUAAAUCCCUAUCCGCGCUCUCCUCUCCCUCGACGCACGCACGACUCCUCUGUCGUCUUCGUCCUUGUUGUCGCUCGCUUGAUCGCUUUGGGGGAGCUCCAAUGACUGAUCGGGAUUCCACAAGGAGCAACCAUUUGCCCCGUAACCUCGUCGCGAACCUCCAGAGCGUCCUGGUCGGAAGAAGAGCCGCGGGAGGAGGCGAUGCUGAUUCCAAGCCUGCGGCUGGGGAGGAUUUCCAGGUUGUCAUCUCUGCCCACGCGCCGCAAGCUGAGGAGGCCGUUGUCGAUGGAUUGAAUAAGCCCAUCGUUCUUGUGACCAAUGCCGACGGGAUCGGUUCCCCUGGCAUCACGUUUCUCGUGGAAGCCCUAGUGCGCGAGGGGCAAUGCGAUGUCCACGUCUGUGCUCCCGAUUCGGAAAAGUCUUUAUCCGGUCAUUCAAUUACCCUUUAUCAAACAGUUGCAGCAACAUCUGCUGAGAUUAACGGUGCCACAGCCUUUGAGAUCACAGGUUCUCCUGCUGAUUGUGUCUCUUUAGCUUUAUCUGGUGCACUAUACUCGUGGUCGAAGCCUGCUCUGGUUAUUAGCGGAAUUAACAAGGGAACAAACUGUGGUCACCAUUGCUUUUACUCGGGUGCUGUUGCUGGUGCUAGAGAGGCUUUGUUGAGUGGAGUGCCUUCUCUUGUACUUUCUUUAAAUUGGAAAAAGGAUGAAAGCAAAGAAAAUGAUUUCAAGGAUGCUGCUGAUGUUUGUUUGCCACUGAUAAAUGCAGCACUCAGGGACAUUAAUAAAGGCACUUUUCCAAACAAUUGUCUGCUUAACAUAGAAAUACCCACCACUCCAUCUGCCAACAAGGGCUUUAAACUAACCAGGUUGAGCCUCUGGAGAUACACUGCAAACUGGCAAGGUGUCUCAGCAAAUAGGCAUCCUGGGCAGUUCAUGUCUAUGCAACAAAGCCUAGGUAUCCAGCUUGCACAGCUUGGCCGUGAUGCAUCUGCCGCUGGAGCAGCACGACGCAUUGGUUCUCAAAGGAAACUUCUGGAAAUAGAAUCAGUUGCAGACACUGGAAAACCUGUGCAGAAAGAAGUUGUGAAGAAGUAUUUUCGACUAGAGUUUCUGGAUAAGGAGCAAGAAGUCAAGGAUGAAGAUUUAGAUUUUAGAGCCUUGGAUAAUGGAUAUAUAGCAGUAACUCCCAUAACUUUCGAAUUGCAAAUGGAGCCUGAGAUCCAAGCAUCUGCUUCUAACUGGCUUGCAACAGUUGUAAAAGGAGUUGAAGAGGUUACCGAUGCUGCAUAGCUUUUCAUUUCUGAUGGAAAGUUGUGUUAGUUCCAGUUUGUGCUGACCCUUGCUCACCAUAGUUUGUUGUGUUUGGAAAAACCCAUGCCUGACCCAUUCUAUUAUUAGCAAUAGUGGCGUCAACGACAUGUGGUGAAGUAUUCGCUGCUUUCUUUAUUCUGGUUUCUUUACUAAGACAGUGGCUGAUAAUUUAUUGAAUCGUCAUUAA